CUUUCUUUCAUCCAAAUCAUCAUGGAGUUUGUCUACGGCAUAGCUGAGACAGUCUUGGGUAGGCUAGCUUCACAUGCUUCCCAAGAAGUCUCCUUGGCAUGGGGUGCCCAACUUGAGCUCACCAAGCUCAACAAGACCUUAUCUGCCAUCAAACUAGUGCUCGAGGAUGCAGAGAAGAAGCAAGUGAGGAAUCCCCCAAUCACUCGUUGGUUAGGAAAUCUCAAAGAUGUUUGCCAUGACGUUGAUGAUGUCUUGGACAAACUGGAGUUCCAAAAGUUGUGGUUGAAAGUGGAGGUCGAUAACUGUGGGAAGAUCAAAGGAAAGGUACGCCAAUCUUUUUCCCGUUGGAAUCCAGUAGUGUUUAACUUCAAAAUGGGACAUAAAGUGAAAGAGAUUAGAGAACGACUGGUUGAAAUUGAUAAUGAAAAGAGAGAGUUUGCUCUCCUUGAGGUUGCCAAGAUAGUUGAAGAUCAUCAUGCGCCCCAAGGGAUGCACGAUAAUAAAAGAGAGACUGACUCUUUAGUGGAGGCCUCAGAUGUUAUUGGGAGAGAUAAUGAUAAAAAACAAAUUAUCAGCCAUCUCUUAAAUAACACUGAUAUCUCUAGUGAGGAGAAUAUUUCUAUUAUUUCUAUCCUUGGUUUAGGAGGGUUGGGAAAGACAACUCUUGCUAAAUUAGUGUAUAAUGAUAGCAUGGUAGAGGAGAAUUUUGAGAUGAAAAUGUGGAUAUGUGUCUCAGAAAACUUUGAUAUCCGAACAUUAAUUCGUGGCAUUAUCAAUGCUGCGAUUAAACAAAAAUGUGAGGAUGAAAGUUUGGACCUCAUGAAAAAAAGAUUGCAAGAUACUUUGCGAGGUAGAAAGUUUUUGUUAGUGUUGGAUGAUGUUUGGGAUACGGAGUUAAUUGGAGUAACGAUAGAAAAAUGGAUUGGUUUAAAAAAUCUGUUAAAUGUGGGAGCUAAUGGAAGUAGAAUCAUCAUAACAACACGAAAUAGUUCAAUUGCUUUACUUGUGAAUCCUGCAUACAUGCACCCCUUAGAAGGUCUUUCCCACAAAGAAUGCAUGUCCUUGUUCAUUAAAAGGGUAUUUAAGAAAGGAGAGGAGCAACGCUAUCAACAUUUGAUAGAAAUUGGAGAGGAUAUUGUGAAGAAGUGUGGAGGAGUUCCUUUAGCAGUAGCUACUGUAGGGAGCAUGCUCUAUUUGAAAACAGAGCAACACCAUUGGUUGCGUGUUAGAGAUGAUGACAUGUGGAGCAUAAGGAAUGUCAAUAUUCUACCUGCACUCAAAUUGAGCUAUGACGCAUUGCCACAACACUUGAAACCGUGUUUUGCAUUUUGUUCACUUUUUCCAAAGGAUUAUUUAUUCCAGGGUCACCUUUUGGUUCCACUGUGGACAGCACAAGGCUACCUCAAGACAUCUGAGAAAAAUGAAGAUUUUGAACAUAUGGGUAUAGACUAUAUAAGGCAGUUUUGCUCUAGAUCUUUGUUUCAAGUGGAGAUGGAUCUCAAAACAACCAUAAGUUUUAAAAUACAUGAUCUAGUUCAUGAUUUAGCAAUUUCAGUGGCACAAGUAGAGUACUCCACAAUCAAUUUCCGUCCCUCUAGUGCUUUGGAAAUGGUUCGACAUGUGUCAAUAUCAGAAAAAGACUUACUUGGAGAAGAGGCACAAGUUCCCGAUUUCAUUCUCAAGUCAAAGAAAUUACGAACCAUUCUAAUUUUUGAAGAUGGCCAGAUGAAUCAACGUUUUGUGAAGACAUGCAUCUCAAGAUUCAAAUAUAUGCGGGUGCUAGAUCUUAGUGGUUCGCCUCUUGAGGAGCUACCAAGUUCCAUUGGUAGUUUGUUUCAUUUGAGAUUUCUCAACUUGUCUUCUAAUAGUAAGAUAAAAAGGCUUCCCAAUUCCAUCAGUAAGCUGCUGAAUUUGGAGACCUUGUCCUUUUGGGGUUGCGAAGCACUUGAGGAGAUACCCAAAGACAUAGGAAACCUGAUCAACCUCCGAAGCUUGGUGAUAACUACACAACAAAUGUAUUUGCCGAAAGGAAUUAGACGCCUCACCUUACUUCAAUUUUUAUAUUUUCAUGGAUGUGUCAAUCUUAAAUCUUUGGGAGAAGAGAUCGAAUUCCUCAACAAGCUUCGCAAUUUGUGGAUUAGCAGUUGUAAUAAUUUGGAAUCCUUGCCACCAAAUAUGAAACGCAUGACUACUUUAGAUACUUUGACUGUCGAUGAUUGCGAGGAGCUUCAGUUGAUGAUGAGAUCAGGGGAAGGUCCUCAAGGUCUUCGAUCAUUGAUUAUCAUGAAAUCAAGUUUGGAGGCUUUGCCCCCUUGGCUUGAAGAUUCUAGAGACACUCUACAGAGCAUAGCAGUUUCUGAAUGUCAUAAUCUCACGGCACUUCCAGAGUUGAUAAACUUCAAAUUCCUCGAGCAACUACACAUUGAAGAAUGCUCCAAAUUGUCUGCUUUUCCGCAAGGGUUGCAGUGCCUUACUGAGUUGAGAGAAUUGAACAUUAAAGGGUGUACUAAAUUGAGCAAAAGCUGCAAGAGGCAAUUAAAAGGUGAGAAUUGGUUGUCGAAGAUGGCAAGUCAUCCAAAGAUUACACUCGACUCUGAUGUGGAUACUGAUGAUGAAGAAGACGAAGAUGAAGGUACACCCAUGAUGGACUGAAGAUGAAGAAGAUGAAGGCACACCAAUGAUGAAGAAGAUGUAGCUGAACGUCAAGAAGGAGCUUUCAAUGACAAUACCAAAUCAAUUGAUACUUAGGCUUUCCAGCAAAAGCAUGCGUGCCUCCAUUGGAGGUGCUUCAAAAUGAAGAAGUCCUGCACUGCUGUAUUGUUUAUUUGUUUUAUGCUAGGAUCAUGUUCGAGCUUGGAAUUAGAGAGAUGUUGAUGAACUCAAAGUGAUGUGCGAUAAAACAAUGAGAUUUUUCAAGUAGCUCCGUCUGUGGUAGUUGUUUGAUUUUAUUGUAUGAUAAGGCAUAAGCUAGAAUGUUUCAAAUACUUGAGAAAUGUAUUGUGAUAGUUGUCUGAUUUUACUGUAUGAUAAGGCAUAAGGUAGAAUGUUUCACAAACUUUAGAAAUGUAUUGUGAUAUAUAGUUGUGUGAUUUUAUUGUAUGAUAAGGCAUAAGCUAGAAUGCUUCAAAAAACUUGAGAAAUGUAUAACUGAAUUUGAAGCUGAUAAAACUUUCAAUGUAUUAUAAUCAUAUGUGGAAGGCAGCCAAGCUUUGAAAAUAAAGACAUCCACUUUUGAGAUGGUUAUCUCUAGCAUAGGCCAUGUUUGUGGGGAUGCCCCUUGAUGGCAGAGCCGAUUGAAGACUCUGAUACAGAAGUGUUUAUGUCAAUUUACCGGUCGUAGCAUUUUAAUGGUGAUCAACAGUAUUGAGGUGAUGGAUGUUGCUAACCAUUUAUUGGCCAAAAAAGAUUGAACCGCCAAUCCCUAUCCACAACACUCUUGGUCCAAUACCGUGAAGUGAACACACA